AUGCUUGACAAGCUGUACAACUGCACGUACCCAAAGCCUGACAUUUUAAGUGAUGAAACGCCUCACUACUGCUCGCAGAAUAAAGAUGGAACAUGGGAAUACUAUUUGCAUUACGAAGAUUAUGAUAGACGCCUUGAUGAAUGGGUUCCGUCCGAUCGCGUGGGAGAAGAAGUCGUGAAGCAACGAACGAACGAUGACCAUCGCUCAUCGCUGGAUUCUGUUCAGAAGAUGACCCGAACCCAGAAACGAAAAUUUGAUGAAAUCAAUACCACUCUACCUGGCGACGUUGACCCAACAACAGCAGCCCUGGAGCAUGAGCGAGAACAAGCAACGAAGGUCAAGAACAUUCAGGAGAUUGAAAUGGGAAUGUAUGAAAUGGAUACAUGGUAUUAUUCUCCAUACCCUGAGGAAUUCAGCAAAUGCUCAAAGCUAUACCUAUGCGAGUUUUGCCUCAAAUACUUUCGGAAAGCGAAGACACUCGAUAGGCAUAAAGCCAAGUGUGAGUGGCGACAUCCUCCAGGAGAUGAAAUUUACCGUGAUGGCAACAUCUCCAUGUUUGAAGUCGAUGGGAAGAAAGCAAAAAUUUAUUGUCAAAGUUUAUGUCUGUUAUCCAAACUUUUUCUCGAUCACAAAACUUUGUAUUACGACGUCGACCCUUUCUACUUUUACGUCAUGACUGAAGUGGACAGUCGCGGAUGUCAUGUGGUGGGUUACUUCUCCAAGGAGAAGGAGUCACCAGACGAUCACAACCUUGCUUGUAUCAUGGUCCUUCCUCCUCACCAGAGAAAACGGUAUGGACGAUUCCUCAUCUCCUUUUCCUAUGAACUCUCGAAGAGAGAGGGCAAGGUUGGCACCCCCGAACGCCCUCUCUCAGACUUGGGAUUGCUCAGCUACAGGAGUUACUGGAAAUCUGUGCUUUUGGACGUCUUGUCGAAACGGAGAGGAAAUCUCAGUGUGAAAGACAUUUCACAGAUGACUGCGUUUAAGCCAGAUGACAUCAUCACUACUCUUCAGAGCAUGGGGUUGAUCAAGUACUGGAAGGGGCAGCAUCUGAUAUCAGUAUCGCCGAAAGUGAUCGAAGAACAUCUCUCCAAGCAAGCCAAAGACCACUUGGCGUUCGAUGAAACUAAAUUGAACUGGAUUCCGCCACAGAAGGAAUCCUCCGCGAAGAAGACAAGAUAGUCUGCCAAGUGCUGUAGAAUACAAGCUUUCCAACUG